CAAAGUCCAUCCAACAUGAAGAAGCCGCACCAGACUUCUCCGCUCGUCGCCCCUCCUCCGCCGCUGCCGCCGCUCUCGCCCUGCGUCAUUGGCGGCUUCCUCGCGCGCCGGUCCGAUAUAAACCACGACGGAGUUCUGAGCCAGAAGGACCUCGACCUCUGGUCGCAGCAGUACAAAAGACGGUACUGCCACGGGCGCGGAUCGGGCGCCGCCGAGGGCCACUACCGCUGUGGCGCCACCGGCGAGUGUGUCCAGCUUCCGAGCCUCGAGCCGUGCCACGCGCCUCCCGAGCAGAACGCCGACGUCGACGACAACGGCCGCGUCGAGCCCGCCGACAUCAUCAUCAUCACGGCGUCCCUCGGGCUCCCCUUUUGCAUGCGCCCGCCGUCGCCGCCGCCGCCGCCGCCGCCGCCGCCGUCGCCGCCGCCCUCGCCGCCCUCGCCGCCGCCGCCGCCGCCCCCAUCGCCGCCGCCGCCGCCGCCGCCAUCGCGCCCGCCGCCGUCGCCGCCGUCGCCGCCGCUGUCUCCUCCCCCCUCGGGCCUUGCGUCGUACUACAUCCCGUCGGAGCAGUCCGAGGUCGAGUUCCAGCAGAGCUGGGCGCGCGCCACGCCCGUGUGUGCGCCGGGCGGCAGCCUCGGGCUGAGCUUGGCCAUGGGAACCGGCGGGCGGCGCGACGGCUUCACGAGGCCCGACGGAAACGACGAGCUCUGA